CGCUACUAGCUCGGGUAGGCUGCGUGGGCGGGGACCAAAACUUAGCCCUGCAGAGUGGUCACCUGAAGAUGUCUGACAGCGCAGAGUCCCCGACAGAGACGCAGAAAGAGGAUUCACAGCCGCCGACAGACGACUCGACGACUAAUGAAGAGAAGAAAAAGAUCGACGUGUUGCUGAAGGCUGUGGGAGACACUCCUAUCAUGAAGACAAAGAAGUGGGCAGUGGACAGAGGGAGGACGGUUCAGUCCCUGUCUCAGUUCAUCUCUCGCUUCCUCAAGCUUGAUGCCACUGAACAGCUGUUCAUUUAUGUUAACCAGUCUUUCGCCCCCUCACCGGAUCAAGACGUAGGGGUCCUAUUUGAUUGUUUUGGCAGCGAUGGAAAACUGGUUCUACACUACUGUAAAUCUCAAGCCUGGGGUUAAACUGCUCUCUUCAACACUAUUUUGAACCUCUCUCUCUUCUCUUCAGUUUGUUCUCCAAACAUGCACACAAUGUUUUUCUGUAUAUACAUUUUGUAAAUAAAAUAUUCUGACUAUG